CUGGGGCAGUGCCCGGCAGUCGGUGGAGAGCGGUCCGGCCGGGCGAUGGCUGCCACGAGCACAGAGUCCCGCGCCCGAGAGAUCUUCUCCACGCUGGACUACGGACCGGCGCCCGAGAGCCACGCAUGCGCACUGGCCUGGCUGGACACCCAGGACCGGCUUUUGGGUCACUAUGUCAAUGGAAAGUGGUUAAAGCCGGAACACAGGACUUCAGUGCCUUGCCAGGAUCCCGUCACAGGGGAGAACCUAGCCAGCUGCCUGCAGGCGCAGGCCGAGGAUGUCGCAGCAGCCGCCGAGGCCGCCGGGACCGCGUUGGAGAGCUGGAGCAGACUGCCUGGAGCCUCUCGGGCCCAGCACCUGAUCAGACUGGCCAAGAUGAUCCAGAAGCACCAGCGGCUGCUGUGGACCCUGGAGUCCCUGGUUACUGGGCGGGCCGUUCGCGAGGUUCGCGACAGGGACGUCCCGCUGGCCCAGCAGCUGCUCCAGUACCAUGCGGUCCAGGCGCACACCCAGGAGGAGGCGCUGUCAGGCUGGGAGCCCAUGGGAGUCAUUGGUCUCAUCGUGCCACCCACGUUCUCCUUCGUUGAGAUGAUGUGGAGGCUUUGCCCCGCCCUGGCUGUGGGCUGCACCGCGGUGGUCCUCGUGCCCCCAGCCUCUCCAGCACCCCUCCUCCUGGCCCAGCUGGCAGGGGAGCUGGGCCGAUUCCCGGGGAUCCUCAACGUGGUCAGUGGCCCGCCCUCCAUGGGGCCUGUCCUGGCCUCUCAGCCCGGGGUCCAGAAGGUGGCCUUCUGCGGAGCCGUCGAGGAAGGACGGGCACUCCGGCGGACCCUGGCGGGCCUGGGUCCUGAGCUGGGACUGGCGCUGGGGGCCGAGUCACUGCUGCUGCUGAUGGAGGUGGCGGAUGUGGACUCGGCCGUGGAGGGUGUCGUGGAUGCGGCCUGGUCCGACCGCAGCCCGGGGGGCCUCAGGCUUCUCAUCCAGGAGUCUGUGUGGGAUGACACCAUGAGGCGGCUCCGGGCACGGAUGGGGCGGCUUCGGGGUGGCCGAGGGCUGGACGGGGCCGUGGACAUGGGGACCCGAGGGACUGCCGCACAGGACCUGGCCCAGCGCUACGUGCUUGAGGCCCAGAGCCAGGGCGCACAGGUGUUCCAGGCCGGUGACGUGCCCUCGGUCAGCCCAUUCUUUCCGCCAACUUUGGUCUGUGACCUGCCCCCAGCCUCCCCGUGUGCCCAGAGAGAGGUGCCGUGGCCCCUGGUUGUGGCCUCCCCAUUCCGCACAGCCAAGGAGGCGCUGGCCAUGGCCAACGGGACGCCCCGAGGAGGGAGCGCCAGCGUGUGGAGCGAGAGGCUGGGGCAGGCGCUGGAGCUGGGCUGCAGGCUCCGGAUGGGCACGGUCUGGAUCAAUGCCCACGGCCUCAGGGACCCCGCAGUGCCCACAGGUGGCUGCAAGGAGAGUGGGUCGUCCUGGCACGGGGGCCUAGAUGGUAUGUACGAGUAUCUGCAGCCCUCAGGGACCCCUGCCCGGAUGCCCUACUUCUAUGAGAAUCUGAACUAUGACACCUUUGGCCUUGCCGUCCCCUCGACCCUACCGGCUGGGCCUGAGACAGGGCCCAGCCCAGCACCCCCCUAUGGGCUCUUUGUGGGGGGCCGUUUCCAGGCUCCUGGCGCCCGGAGUUCCAGGCCCAUCCAGGAUUCCCAUGGAGAUCUCCAUGGCUACGUGGCCGAGGGUGGAGCCAAGGAUAUCCGAGGUGCCGUGGAGGCCGCUCACCAGGCCGCCCCUGGCUGGGUGGACCAGUCACCAGGGGCCCGGGCAGCCCUGCUGUGGGCUCUGGCAGCUGCCCUGGAGCGCCGGGAGCCCGCCCUGACCUCAAGGCUGGAGAGGCACGGAGUGGAGUUCAAGGCCGCCAAGGCGGAGGUGGAGCUGAGUGUGAGGCGGCUCAGGGCUUGGGGAUCCCGCGCCCAGGCCCAGGGCCCCUCCCCACAGGCAGCCGAGCUGAGAGGCCCUGUGCUACGGCUUCGCGAGCCGCUGGGGGUGCUGGCUGUCGUGUGCCCGGAUGAGUGGCCCCUGCUUGCCUUUGUGUCCCUGCUGGCCCCCGCCUUGGCCUAUGGCAACACUGUGGUCUUGGUGCCCAGCGGGGCCUGUCCCAUCCCUGCCUUGGAUGUCUGCCAGGACAUGAUCACCUUGUUUCCGGCGGGCCUGGUGAACGUGGUGACAGGAGACCGGGACCACCUGACCCGCUGCCUGGCCUUGCACCAGGACGUCCAGGCCCUGUGGUAUUUCGGCUCCACCCAGGGCUCGCAGUUUGUGGAGUGGGCCUCAGCCGGAAACCUGAAGCCGGUGUGGGUGAACAGGGGCUGCCUGCGGGCCUGGGAUCAGGAGGCCGAGGGGGCAGGCCCGGAGCUAGAGCUGCGGGCAGCACAGACCAAGGCCCUGUGGCUGCCCAUGGGAGACUGAAGCCCACGUGCCGUCUACUCCAUCUUGAACAGAAGAGAGUUUAACCCCAAUAGACUCCAGAUGCCUGGAACUUUCCUCCGAUUUUGGGUUCUUUGUCCUCAAAUAAACUGACCAAAUUUGGCUGUGCUUCUGAGGGAAGGAGCGAGCGUAA